UCCCGACUUUAUGAAGCCCAUUCCCUUUCCCACCGUUUCUCAGUCAGUGCCGCCGGACAUUCUGUCUUAUCUCGAGCUUCUAGUCAAAAAUCCCGACUACUUUGUUCCUAUUUACAACAUCCUUAUCAAAAGGGGCGUUCAAUUUCCCGACAUUACGAGGCCUUUCAAUUACGUUAUAAUCGACGGCAAGCACGUCAACCUUCCCAGCGUUGUCAAUGUUCUCUUUACGAUACGGAUAAACGGUCAGCAGUUCGUGCUGCCUAGGGAUGCUCCGAGGUUGGCGACAUUCAUCACUCAGAAUCCGGGCCAGAUGACCACCAUCACGAUGAUCUUACGGCGGCUCGGCGCAGUUGUGACGACAAACCCUUCAGGCCAGAUUACUGGCUUCAUUUUGUUUGGCAGGAGAUAUCCUCUGACAAACCCAGUCACGACGCAAGUCGUCGUCAAUGGCCGCCGGUUCACUUUGCCGCAGGACCUUACGUCCCUGAUUAGUUUUGUGCAGAGCAACCCGCAGGCGUUCCACCAAGUUCUGCCUAUUCUCAUUACUAUUGGCGCUCGCCUCCAGAAGUCUCCUACCGGAGAGAUCACAGCGAUUGUCAUCGGUGGCCGAACCUUUCCGGUGCGCUCGGUGGCGCCGGUGCGCGUCGUUAUUCACGGACGAACGUACACGAUUCCCGCGGACCUUGACGUCAUAUUGAAGCAGCCUGGUAACAUUGGCGUUGGCGAACUCAUCGCUGCUUUUCAAAAGUUACGCAUCCCGGUGAACGUGGACCCAGGCACAGGGAACGUGAUCGGCAUUGUUAUGGACGGUGUACCUAUCCCAUUUCCCGUCAUUGUUCGCUUGCGUGUCAACCUUGGAGGGCGAGUCUACAAAAUACCGAGUGAUCUUCCCGCCAUCGUCACCUACCUGCAGCAGCACGGUAUGCCCGCCAAUGUCCUGGCGUUCUUGUACAACCAGUUCGGUAUCAUUCCAGUGCGAGACAGCAACAACGUCGUGAUCGCGAUAUCGUUCAACAACCGCCGGUAUCCUGUGCCGCGUCAGCCGGAAACAGUAAUAACUAUCGGAGGCGUUCGCUUCACGUUGCCCAGGGACGCACCAAAGUUAGUGAACAUGCUGUUAGUUCGCAGAAUUCCCAUCGAACAGUUCCUGAUAGUCAUUCAGCAGGCUGGCUACAAGCUCAUACCGGGUCCAGAUGGCGUUCUUCACAGCGUCCAAAAGGGAUUUGACGUAAUAGAACUGCCAGUGAAUAUCCGUCUCAUCGUGAACAUCAACGGUGUGCGUUACCGGGUGCCACAAGACCUGCCUCGAAUUGUUCAAGUCUUCCAGACUAUAAGAAACCCCAGCGCAAUCGAGCAAAUUCUGAUUAGCCUCAGGAAGAUGGGAGUGAUUGUGCAGCGCGGCGCAGCUCAGAUCACGCUCAUAUUCAAUGGUCAGCACUUCUCCUUUACGUUCACUCCCGGCGGCCGACCGCCCGGCGGAGAAAUGCCCGUGCAACCGCCUGGAACGACGACCAUUCGCGUGAGUAUCAACGGCCGCUGGUUCUCACUCCCAGAUCAGAUCUCGGACAUGAUGACCUUCGUACGCUCCAGCGGGCCGAUGGCAAUUCAGCUUCUUGUUAGGACUCUGCGCUCGCAAGGCAUCACUGUCAACCUGACGCCCAACGGCGCUGACAUCGUAUCGAUAAUCAUCCAUGGUCAAGUCUAUCCCGUGCAGGGAGACGGCCGGCUGCCCUCCGGCUCGGGUGGCAUAAUCGACGGCAGGAACGUGCAGGUCAUCAUCCGGGGCCGAACAUUCAUGAUUCCUCGGGACAUCGGCAUCCUCCGGCGCUCGUUGCCGGGGUUUCAGUACGGAGAACUGAUAUUGGCGCUGCACCGCAUCGGGGCUAUGCUCGAGGUAGACCAGCGGGGUAACUUCUACGGCAUGCGCAUCCAAGGAAGACUGAUCAAGUUCGCCGUCAUCUUCCGGGUGAACGUGAUGCUGGACAAGAGCGGUCACAAGUAUCGCGUGCCACUCGACCUCGCGGAGCUGGCGCAAGGACUCUCCAGCGGUCGCAACUGGAACUGGAGGAUUGUCCGCAAAGUGCUGUACAACUCGGGCAUCGAGUUGCGCGGAGGCUCCGUUGGCGCUCCCCGCGCCAUUGGAUUCCAGGGCAAGUUCUACGAACUGCACAGCAUGGUCAAAGGAUAGACAGGUUUGGCCCCCACAUCUCUUGCGUCAGAAACUCGCGCAUGCAUUAUAGGUUUAAUACUACCAACUCUUCUUCGACUUCGCGGCGAAGCUGCGUAUACUUCGCGCCUUGUUAAUAAAUAAAACGCACACUC